ACACAACCUUUAUUCAAGAAGUUACUUUCCUUUGUUCAUUGUUUUUCCAACAUUUUGGAAGUCAUUAAGGAACAAGAAGAAUAAUUGACUCACUAUAACAAUGUUAUGUAAAUGGCCAAUGCUACUUUCUCUUUUAACCAUUUUCAUCUUUUUCUCUAACUUCACCCAUGGAGAUGGAGGGGAAGACUCUCAUUUUCAACCACCACCUUUAUCAGAUGAAUUUAGGAAGGGAAGAAAUGAAGAUAAUGUGGUAUUUUCAAGGCUAUUUGCUGAAGGUCCCAAUAUUGUUGAGGCUCCAGUGCAGAGCUCAUCACUUAUAUUGGCUGCUGAGAGAACAUACAGGAAAGACCCUCUCAAUGGUUUUAAGAGAUAUAAUGGAGGAUGGAACAUCGAUGACCGCCAUUAUUGGGCUUCUGUGACAUAUACAGCCGUUCCAUUCUUUAUCACCGCGCUGAUCUGGUUUGUGAUCUUUGGACUUUGCUUAUUGUUCAUCUGUAUCUGCUCCCGUUGCUGCAAAAGAGAACCUUAUGGAUACUCUUCGAUGGCUUAUGCUCUCUCCCUCAUAUUCCUUGCGCUUUUUACCAUUGCUACAAUCAUUGGAUGUGUCAUAUUGUACACAGGCCAAGAGAAGUUCCACAGCAGUACACUAAACACUUUGGAUUAUGUGGUGCAUCAGGCAAAUGUCACAGCUGAUACUCUCAUGAAUGUGUCUGUUUAUCUAGCAGCUGCCAAACAGCUCGCGGUGGAUCGAAUUUUGAUCCCUGCUAAUGUUCAAACAGACAUUGAUUACGUUCAAACGAAGAUCACUUCUUCUGCUAGUACCCUUUCCACUAAAACAGCUGAUAAUAAGGAUGACAUAGAACACCUGAUAGAAUCAGUGAGAACGGCUCUUAUCGUUCUAUCUGUUGCUAUGCUUGCUUUGACAUUUCUUGGAUUUGUAUUCUCAAUGUUCGGCAUGCAGGUCUUUGUCUACAUCUUGGUUAUUUUUGGAUGGAUUCUCAUCACUGGGACAUUGAUUUUAUGUGGCAUAUUUCUUGUUCUCCACAAUGUGACUGCAGACACUUGUGUAGCAAUGGAUGAGUGGAUCCAAAACCCCACAGCUCAUACAGCUUUAGAUGACAUAUUGCCUUGUGUGGACUAUGACACAGCACAAGAGACUCUUACUAAAAGCAAGGAAGUGACUUAUAACCUGGUCGAUAUUGUCAACCAGGUUAUUACAAAUGUCUCUAACAUCAAUUUCUCUCCCAACUUUGCUCCUUUUUACUACAAUCAAUCAGGACCUGUGUUGCCAAUACUUUGCAAUCUGUUUAAUCCUGACUUAACUUCUCACAACUGUGGUCCUGCUGAAGUGGACUUAAACAAUGCAACUCAGGUUUUGAACAGCUAUGUUUGUCAAGUUUCUCCGAGUGGUGUUUGUGUCACGCCAGGCCGUCUGACUCCAACACUCUACAGCCAGAUGGCUGCUGCUGUAAACAUGAGCUAUGGAUUGUAUCAAUAUGGUCCAUUCCUGGUUGACCUGCAAAAUUGUGAUUUUGUUAGGCAAACUUUUGGUGACAUAUAUAACGUACAUUGUCCUGGUCUGCUGCAAUACAGCAAAAGAGUGUAUGUUGGGCUAGUGAUGGUAACUGUUGCAGUGUUACUUUCUCUUACAUUCUGGAUAAUAUACGCGAGAGAGAGGCGCCACCGCGUCUAUAAGAAAGAACAUAUGUCCAAACUUGAUGAAGGAAUUGAAGUUGAAGGGGAUAAAAUUAUUCAUGAAGAGUAA